AUGACUGAAUUGCAUUUUACGAUGGCCAUUGCACAAAGGAGGAUGGAUCAAUCUGCUCUCGCAUCUGAUAUUGCUAUAAUGAAUAAGAUUUUGGAAAAAAUCAAUAAUGUAAAUGAAAUAACAUCAACUGAAUUAUGUAAUCCCUUAACUUCAAAAGCGAAUCAAGAUCGAAUAUUGGGAAAAGUCAUACAAGAUCUCAAACAUAAUUCAACAAAAAUUUUUGUUGAAUCAAUAGA